AUGGAUCAAAUACAAGAAAAAGGUAUUCUAAAUUCAAAUGUUGAAAAAUCGACUGAAAAAGUAGAUACGAAAAAAACUCUUUUUCAACGAUUAUUUUCUAAAAACAAAAAGAAAGAUAAAGACGAAAUUAAGUCUGUGUGCCUUCGAAGUUUGUUUCGUUAUGCUACAUGGAUUGAUUUUAUUUUAAUAUCAAUUAUAGCUGCUACUGCUAAUGGUGUUUCAUUUCCAUUAUUAAUGUUUGUAUCUGCAAAUGUUAUUAAUACAUUUACUGAUCAUCCAUUUGACUUAUGUUCAUUGAAUUUAACAAAUACAUCUCUUCAAUAUUGUCCAUUAGGUGUACAAUUAACAUCAACAAAUUUUUAUACAUCAUCAUCUUAA